UUUAGAAAAAUUAACGCAAUUAAAAGAAAAUGAGUGAGUCCGCUGGCAAUUGGUGCUUAAUUGAAAGCGAUCCAGGAGUUUUUACUGAAUUAAUCAGAGAAUUUGGUUGUGAAGGAGUACAAGUUGAAGAACUCUGGAGUUUGGAUGCGGAAUCAUUUGCUAAUUUGGAACCAGUACACGGUUUAAUAUUUCUAUUUAAAUGGGUUGAAGAUAAUGAUCAACGUGGAUCAGUUGUCAAAGACUCGCGUCUUAAUAAAAUAUUUUUCGCAAAACAAGUAAUUAGCAAUGCUUGUGCAACACAGGCUAUAUUAAGUAUUUUAUUAAACAGUAAUCAUCCAGAUAUAAAACUUGGUUCCACACUAACAGAUUUUAAAGAAUUUUGUUCAAGCUUUGACCCGUAUAAUAAAGGUUUGACAUUGAGUAAUGCAUCCGAAAUACGUAAAGUGCAUAAUUCAUUUGCUCGACAAACUCUUUUCGAAUUAGAUACUUCAAAUAUAAAUAAAGAUGAAGAUGUUUUUCAUUUUAUUGGUUAUAUACCUAUUGAUGGCCAUCUAUAUGAAUUGGAUGGUUUAAAAGAAGGGCCUAUUGAUUUGGGUCCAGUUACACCGUCACAAAAUUGGUUAGAUAUUGUAAGGCCAAUUAUUGAAAAACGUAUGGAAAAAUACAGUGAAGGUGAAGUACUUUUUAAUUUAAUGGCAUUAGUAUCAGAUAGACAAUUAAUAUAUCAACGAGAAUUGGAUAAAAUAAAAAAUUCUGGUGCAGAGGGUGCCGAUGAUUCCCAAAGUGAGAUCAUACGAAUUAAAUCAUUGAUGGAAUAUGAUAUUGCCAAGAAAAAACGUUAUAAGAUUGAAAAUAUUCGUCGAAAACAUAAUUAUUUACCAUUUAUUGUUGAAUUAUUGAAAAUGCUUGGAGAGCAAGGUCAAUUAAUGCCAUUAUAUGAAAAAGCAAAACAACGAGCUUUGGAAAGGCGUCAACAAAAUUCAAAACAACAAAAUAAAAUGGCUGUAGAUGAAAGUUAAACCGCAUGACUUUGAAAAAUAAAAAAUAAAAACACAAAAUAAAAUUGCAUUUUAUAAGUUAUAUGUUGUAACGCUAAAAAUAAAUUUUUUAAACCUA